AUGAUGACUCGCCGCGGACCAUGCAGAAUUGGCGUAGAUGUAGGCGGAACCAAUACAGACGCCGCCAUCAUCGAUAUCACUGCAUCAGAGACAGAAUCAAGAGGUGUACGGGCUUCAAGCAAGACAGCUACUACAACCGAUGUCACUUCUGGAAUACAUAGAGUGAUUGAAAAUGUCUUGGAAAUAUCAUCUGUCAAGCGUCAAGAUAUUCUCAGUGUGGCUAUUGGCACAACUCAUUUCGUGAAUGCUGUCGUGGAGGCGGAUGCACGGCGGUUGAGCAAGGUGGCUGUUAUUCGACUCUGUGGACCUUUUACGAAGAUGUUACCACCAUUCUCCGAUUUCCCCCCUCUUUUGAAGGAUAUCAUGGGCGGACCGGUGUUCUACCUAGAUGGAGGUCUUGAAAUUGAUGGUCGUGAGAUCACCCCUCUCAAUGAGGUCCAGAUCAAAGAGACGGUUCGUGCUAUCAAAGCCGAAGGAGUUGACAAGAUAGCCCUGGUGGGUGUAUUUUCUCCACUUGACGCACGAGGUCUCCAUGAAGAAACCUGCAAACGACUCAUCCUAAAAGAAGACCCAUCCCUGUCAGUGGUAUGCUCCCAUACAAUUGGCGGAGUGGGACUUCUGGAGCGCGAGAAUGCAACAAUUCUGAAUGCUUCGAUUCUGGAUCUUGCGCGAAAAACAGUUCGAGCAUUUUGCGAGGCUAUGGAAAGACUUUCUCUAGACUGCCCACUGUUCCUGACUCAAAAUGAUGGCACAUUGACAGAUGCUGCGACAGCCGCAGAACUACCAAUUAAGACAUUCCUAUCUGGUCCGACGAAUAGCAUGAUAGGUGCAGCUUACUUGGCCUCUUUGGAUCGUGGAGAAAGCAAGAUCCGUUCUGAGACUCAAGUUCUCGUUAUUGAUAUUGGAGGUACAACAAGUGAUGUUUGCGCAUUGCUUCCAUCCGGAUUUCCCCGGCAAGCGCCGAAUUUCGUUGAAGUCGGUGGUGUGCGCACUGCCUUUUCGAUGCCAGAGGUAUCUUCCGUUGGCCUUGGCGGAGGAAGUCGUGUCAUUUAUGACGAGAAUUCAAAUAGUGUCCAGGUUGGACCUGAAUCUGUCGGGCAUUAUCUGACUUCCAAGGCUUUGGUCUUUGGCGGCGACGUCUUGACUACCACCGAUAUAGUAGUGGCCUCAGGGAAAGCUUCUUUGGGGGAUGUGAAGAGGACAAAGGCCAUAUCUUCCGAUCUUGUUGCCAAGGCACGCGUUCAGAUCAAGAAGAUUCUACAUCGAGCAGUCAAGGAAAUGAAAGUCUCCGAUUUGCCGGUGACUCUUCUAGUUGUUGGUGGCGGUUCAAUCAUUCAGAUGGAUAACCUAGAAGGGGUUGCAGAAUGUAUAAUCCCGCCACACCAUGAUUGUGCAAAUGCAGUUGGUGCUGCGAUUGCGAUGGUUGCUGGUGAAGUUGACAUUAUUGAGAUCUUGGCUGAUCGAGACGAAAAAGCUGUGCUGGAGAGUGCAAAGCAGCAGGCCAUUGAGGCCGCCGUUGCCCGUGGUGCAGAUAGAAGUGACACCAAAACCGUGUCUGUUGACAAACUUCCUCUUCAAUAUGUCACUAACAAGGCUACGCGGCUUAUUGUCAAAGCAGUUGGUAGGCUGGCGUUACCUGGUGAUCCUCCUAAUCAGUCUUCUAUUACAUCCUCGUCCAGAAUUGGAGCAACGCUACCUGGAAGUACCGUGGACGACGUCAACGGAGAGAGUGAGCCAGCGCCAGAAAAACAGUUCAAACAAAAGGUCCCAGCAUUGCUACAAUCCCGCGUCAAGUUUUCUGCCUUCAUGGAUAUCGAGACUUAUCGACCAGAUGUCCGAAAUGGUGUAUGGUACAUCUCCCCUGUCGACCUAGAAUUCAUGGCAACCGGCACAGGCGUCCUGGGCACCGGCGGCGGCGGAUCCUCAUAUCUCCAAUACCUCCAGUGCUUGGAAAGCCUCCAGAGCUCCGAACAGAGAAUGCGAGUCGUUUCCCCAAACUAUAUGAAAGACUCGGACAUCUGCGUCUUCGGAUCAUGGUAUGGCGCGCCCAGCGUGGGAAAUGAGCGGUUGCCCGCGGGAACAGAGAUCAUUGACGCGAUCAAAUUCUCCCUUGAAAUGGGAGGAUUUUCCCACUUUGAAGCUGUAGUGGCGGAUGAAAUUGGUGGUGGGAAUGGUCUUUCGACGUUCCCCACAAGCUUCUAUUAUGAUAUUCCUGUGGUGGAUGGUGACUUGAUGGGACGUGCGUACCCAACAAUGGAACAUGGUACUGCAUACGUCUACGGCGAGUCCAUAACGCCUUGUGCUGUAGCAGAUGGUAGAGGAAACGCAUCUGUGAUCUUAAAAGCCGAAUCAAACCGACGAGUCGAAACCAUGCUACGCUCUCAGUGUGUUGAUCUGGGGCUCAGCAUUGCCGUUUCUGCGACUCCUUUGACUGGAAAGGCAAUUAAGCAAUAUGCCAUUCCCAACACCGUAUCGCAAGCAUGGUAUAUUGGACGUGCUAUUCACAGAGCGAGAAAAUCGAAAGCCAAUCUGGUCAACGCAAUUUUCGAAACAACCCCCGGCCAUCUUCUCUUUAGUGGCAAGAUUGUCGAUGUAAAGAGAGAUGUCAGCAAAGGUUAUACAAUUGGACAAUGCACUAUUAUACCCCUGAACAGCGAAGAAUUGGAUGAUACAUCAGCCAGGGAAUCUAAUGGCCCCGCCUUGGAAGAUAAUCGCUGCUUGAUCAUUCCCUUCCAGAAUGAAUUCCUCUAUGCUGCUUACGCGGACAUUGCCAAUCCAGAUGAUUCAUCCCGUCAUGAAAUAAUCUGCAUUGUUCCAGACCUGAUUUCUAUCCUUGGACAAGACGGUGAAGCGAUAGGGUCUCAAGACCUUCGAUAUGGCCUUCGUGAGAUGAACGGGGAUUACGAGUUGGUGGACCAGAAGGCUUUGGGUUAG